GCUGUGGCGAUGAGUGCCCUGCUGUCGAUGCUGCAUUUGCCUUUUCUUCAUCAUUCGAUGGAUGGAACACUGCAGUCGGCGCGCCGUCCUUCCCUCUCUCAGCCGAGCUCUCCGCCGGGGCUUCGCAUGAGAGGCGAUGCGUCGUGGUGGUCCUCUCCCCUGGCCUCGCACCUGCCGUUGAGCCGCCUGCUGUGGAAACAAGGGCUCAAGGUGCGCAAUGGACGAGCUCAAUACACAUCGUCCUUCCGUAUGUUUGGCUGUUGUCUGUCAGAUAGCCUGGCGGCAGGGCUGUGGACGCCACAUGUGGCAACGGGAAGGACUCUCUCUUUCUCAGCACGCUGAUCUUCCCAUCUGAUGGCGAUGAUGAGACGGAGGCCGAGCUGAUCUGCAUCGAUGUCCAGCGAGAAGCUAUCGGUGGGUGAGUCAGCAGCCGUGAGGUACACACACUUGACACCGCCACUUUGCUGUGUGCUGUUUGCUUCGUUGCAGGUUCGACCCGGUCCCUCCUCGCCGAAGAGUUACGACCACCACAUUUGGAGAGGUAGGUCGUCACAGAGACCAGCCAGGCGGCCUUGAGCUCGUUGACACAUUAAUCAAUUGUGUGAUGUAUCGCCCCUGCUGUCCGUCCUUAGGAUCCGUUUAUUCCACCAAAGCCACGAGAGGUUCCCUGACUGCAUCGCCGACAACAGCGUCGAUGUGAUAGUGUACAACCUCGGGUCAGUUCUGCAGCAAUUCAGUGCCUUCAUACGUCAUGCAUUGAUCACGUGUGUGUGAUGUACGUACAAAUGUGUGGUGUGGUGUGGUGUUAGGUAUCUGCCUGGGGGAGACAAGAGCGUGACGACGCGCCACGACACCACCAUCACGUCGCUGACGGCUGCUCUUAAGCUCAUUGUCAAGGGCGGCCUCAUAUCGGUCAUGCUCUACAGGUCAGAAGUGACGCACACAGACGUCCAGCUUGCUGAUAUGCCCUGCUGUGUCGUGUUGUGCGUUUCUGCAGGGGCCAUCCCGAGGGCACGGUUGAGUCGGAUGGCGUCAUCAGCUGGGCCUCGCAGCUUCCGGCCGACGAGUGGCGUGUGUUUCUGCAUGAGCCGCUUAAUAGGCCGACGUCGCCUGCCCUGAUGACUUUGUAUAGACUCUAAGAUGAAGGACAGAUGUGUGCCUGUUGUGGCUGGGAGGGUGGGUGAGUGAGGUGGUCCAUGGUCGGGUGUGCGCAUGAUCGGAACGCGUAGGGCGACGAGAGAGAUGAGACGUGCCUGACGACUUGAUGCAGCUACGGAUGGCUUGGCCAUUCAUCGGAUGGUUUGGCGAUUCAUCGCAAAGUGGGUGUGUGCAGU